ACGAUCAUCUAUUUGGAUUCCAUCGUCAGUCAGUGCAGAACCGUGGAAUGUUGCGGACGUAGUUUAUAGUGAAACGCCUAUCGCACGACUCAGCAGGUGAACACCUCGCGAUGAGUGACUUUAUCUAACACUUUCCCCUAAGCUGUGCUCCACACAACACACACCCCAAAAGUUCCUCUCAUCUUGUGUUGAUUCUGAGCACUCCGGCGAAAUCCGUAGGAAGAAGUUCUCUCUAAAAUGGUCUGCAUGUGCCUUCCUGUCCUCUUGCUCAUCCUCUACAUCAUCUGGGAUGUGAAUUACUUUAUACGAGUCAUCUUCACUGUUGGCCUGGGACGUUUGCUGCAAAAGAAAGUCAAAAUUACUGACAAGACCACCAUAUACGGUUUCUGUACGACUCAAGAUGUUGACAUUUUCAUCAGGCACAUGAAUAAUGCUAGGUACCUCAGAGAAUUGGAUUUUGCCCGAUUUCACUACUACGGCCUCACUGGACUGUACGAGGAGGUGAAAAAGACGGGCGGCGGAGCCGUUCAAGGAGCCUCCAAUAUCCGGUACCGCCGCACUAUUCCCAUCUUCAAUGCCUACAGAGUGGAAACGAAGCUGAUCUGGUGGGAUGAGAAAGCAAUCUACUUGGAGCAGAAAUUCAUUACCACAGCCGAUGAUUUCGUCCGCGCUGUGGCCAUCUCCAAGCAGUGCAUCACCAAAGUGAACGUCCUGGAGCUGAUCGCCAAGUUUCCCGGCGGUGAAGAACGUCCUGCGUGUCCACAAGAGUUGUCUCUUUGGCUGGAAGCCUCCGAAAUCUCCAGUCAGAAGUUGCGCAGUGGCAAGAAGAGCGAUUAACAACAGCACUUCUUAACAACAGUUGUUUUUCUACAAAAGAUAUGAAAAAAAGAAAAAAUUGUUAACCGAAAAAUCUACGUAAAACCAAUAAAAACUACAAAACAUUUAUGAAAAA